UAUUUUGUUUUGUAUUUACACAGGUAGUAACGUCGACAUAUCGAUGAGCGUUUAGUACAGUUGUUUUGUCAUUGUUUUGUUAAGUUGGACAUAUGAUUGUGUCAAGUGUUUUUAUUGACACACAAUGACACAAUAUAAACAUAUGGAUUUUUUGCUAAAGGAACUUCUGAACAUAAAUUCAAGCCCGUUGAUUUUUCACUGGGAAAGAGCACCUGCUUCAAGGACUUGUCGUGUUGGAUAUGAAAUAUAAGGAAAGAAUUGUUACAGCCACGAUUGUAACGUUAUUAGUUUUAUUUACAUUAACAAUAUUGAGGAGUAACGAUCUCUCAUUGUACGGUGAACAACGUGAAAGAGAGAAAUGUGAACCAAAACAAUCUUACAUGACAGCCGACUGGACGGUAGAUUCAAUUUACGAUAAUCUUAAUUUUACUGUCAAUCCUAAAGACGGAUUAUACACUGUGGUUGAAAACCUAGAUUUUAAUGCUGGCCACCAAAUAAAACAUUCGGAACCCCUUAAGAUUAUCGUUGUUCCACAUUCUCAUAAUGAUCCAGGUUGGCUGUGGACGUUUGAAGAUUAUUACACUAUAAGAACACGCCAGAUAUUAACUAACACUAUAGAGGCUCUACAACGAUUUCCUGAUUUUAGAAUGAUUUGGACGGAGACAGUUUUUCUUGAUAGGUGGUGGAAAGAGUCUCCAGAACCGCUAAGAUCUGCUUUCCGUGAUCUAGUACGGAAAGGUAAGAUAGAAAUAUUAUCAGGUGGUUGGGUUUCUGUCGAUGAAGCCACGACUCACUAUACCGCAGUACUAGAUCAGAUGAUAGAGGGACAUUUGUGGAUAAAAGAACAUUUUGGAAUAUACCCAAACAUAAGUUGGUCAAUUGAUCCUUUCGGCUAUUCGUCGACAUUACCGUAUUUGUGGAGGAAAGCCGGAAUGAAAGAUAUGGCAAUUUUGCGAAUUCAUGGAGCUGUCAAAGGAUAUAUGGGUAAUAGAAGGAUGCUCACGUUUAAUUGGCGACAACCAUGGGACAAACAUGGAGAUCAUGAUAUAAUGUGUCACGUUGAACCUUUCACACUGUACAACAUCGAAUGUAGUUGUGGACCGGAUACGGAGAUCUGUAAAGUAUUAGAUUUUUCUAGUGUAGGUAGUUUUCCAGACAAUGACCAACCAAUAUAUUUUGGUAAAAAUCGACAGGCAAGAAAUUUCGAAAAUUUUGCAGAAUUGGUUAUUGGGCAAUAUAAAAAGAAAGCAGCACUUUACAAGCAUAAUGUUAUAUUAAUGCCUCAUGGGGACGACUUUAGAUAUAUUGAAAGUUACGAUUUUCAGACCAAUUACGAAAACAUGAAGCGGUUAAUGGCUUAUGUUAAUGAGAGAAAAGAAUGGAAUAUUAAAAUGCAAUUCGGCACAGUGGGUGAUUACUUUGAUAUCCUUCAUGCUGAAAUGAAAAAAUCUAAAUCAAAAGAUGCCAGUUUAACUGGAGAUUUCUUCACAUACACAGAUAAAGAUAGCGAGUAUUGGAGCGGAUAUUUUACAACAAGACCUUUCGACAAGCGCAUGAUACGAGAACUGCAAGAAUAUCUAAGAGCAACGGAAACAUUUAUGUCGCUGAUUUAUGUGUACUUAUUACAAAAUACAGAUUCAAUGCCGCCUGACUUAGACAGUGAUUGGAAAUCUAUACAGUUAGCUCGACGAACGCAUAGCUUAGUACAACAUCACGAUGCAAUAACUGGAACAUCGACCGAAGGAACCGUUGUUGACUUCGAAAUUAAAAUAUAUGAAGCUAUAAAUUCAUUGAUAGAAAUUAUCCAAAAACGUGUAACUAAUCUGUUGUCGCCAGAAAUACGUACGAAUGUAGCCGAUCUAAAACUAACACGAGAGUUACCAUCUCCAAAACGUAAUCUGGAAGUUAAAACUAUAUCCAGUACAUCUGACACAAGUUCACUCGUUGUAUUAAACUCGUAUUCAGUACCUAGAAAAGAAGUAAUAAGCGUCUAUAUUGACACUUAUGAUGUUGAAGUGUUCGACAGUAAAAAUAAAGUUGUUCCGUACCAAGUAAGUCCUGUCUGGUUAAAUCAUUAUACCAUAUCUCAACAUGAGUAUCAAAUCAUUUUUGAAGUGAAUAUUCCAGCAAUCGGUUUCUCUGUGUAUAAGAUACGUAGAAAGACUUUGGUUAUCAACCAUGUGGUCAAGCCUAAUAGAAAAGACAAAUCAGUGUUUUCAAAAAUCAUCAGUGUUAAAGGAAAAAUAGAUGAUAAAUAUAGGUUAUUUACGAUAAACAAAGAUAAGGAAAAUUCCAAACCGAACUUUAUUGCAGAAAAUAAUUUCUUGAAACUAUCUUUUAUAAAAGCAACCGGUGCCUUACAUGAAAUGUGUUUGAAGACUUCGACAAAAUACUGCUCGAAAGUUGAUGUUGACUUUUUUCGUUAUUUUGGAAACAACAGCAAUGCUUACUGCUUUCAUUCAAAUAAAGUGGAAGAGGGUUUAUUGUUACAUGCUGAUUCACUGACGUUUAUAACAGGAAGAUUUAUGUCUCAGGUUAAAGUUCAUCAUAAGUUGUUUUCACACACUGUUAGCCUUUACCAUAGCAAUAGUAUUCAAGGUCAAACUGUCCACAUAGAAAACAAUUCAACGUUGCUGACACCAGAAGAACAAGAUACCGAAUUAAUGAUGCGACUAUCAACCAAUAUUCAAAAUAAAGAUAUAUAUUUUACAGAUUCUAAUGGCUUUCAAAUGAAUCGCAGAAAGCCCAGAAAAAAUUUACCAAUAGGCGCCAACUUUUACCCAUUUACAACCAUGGCAGUGAUUGAAGAUACAAAUACACGUUUGACAAUGCAUACAGCCCAACCGCUUGGUGUAGGGAGUUUUUCUCCUGGUUCAUUAGAGGUUAUGCUUGAUAGGGUGCCCAUGUCAUUUGGUAAAGGGUUGGAGGAAUCUGUGACGGACAACAAACCUGCAAUAAGUAAAUUCAUAUUGCACAUAGAACAGCUCCGUGAUCACCACACCACAACGGAUUAUAGACAGUACCAAAUGCAACCAUCCAUGACAAGUUACAUUGUAAACGAUUUUCUGCAGAACCCAGUAAUAUCUUUAUAUUCUUUCACAUCUGUGAAAUUUAAAACCAAAGAACUGUCGUUUUUGAAUCCAGAUAACUUACCUUGCGACAUUUCAAUCGCUAACUUCCGUUCAUUGUUAACUGAGUCAGGUAAAUUCAUUGGAACUGGAUUAACUUUACACAAACGUGUAACCUCUUGUAACGUUCAUCAAAACGAAAAUAUGUGUACUGGGGCGCAUGAACUUAAUCUUAAUGCAUUAUUUAAAGAUUUAACUUUAGUCAAAGUAAGUCAAAUGUCUCUUUCACAUUUACAUGAAGUGAGUAAGGAAGUCGGAAGGGUAGUCAUAAAACCCAUGGAGUUAGAAUCAUUUCAACUCAGAUGGAAAACAUAACAUCAACAAUAUGAAAGAUCUUACUUAUUUCAGUUGAAAUAAUGACGAAGCAGUCCGGCGUACGCUUUACACAGACAAACAUUGGAGUAAAGACCUUAAGAAGAAAGGGUAUAUCUAAGAAGUCAAAUACUUUAUUAAUAAAAUUGAUAAACACAGUGAUCAAAACAUCAAAAAUGGUGUAUCCUGAUGCUUCAGUAUUUAUUCAAUAAAGGAAAUUAUGAAAUACAAUCAAGUCCCUAAAUUGAUCGUGCACCUGCUGUUACCAUAUUAACUCCUAUACGACAAGUUUGAAUAUUGUGUACCAUGAAAAAUUUGAAUAUUAUUGUACCAUGAAAAGUUGGAAUAUUAUGUACCAUGAAAAGUUAAAAUAUUAUGUACCAUGAUAACGAAAGGAGGAUGUAAUCAGAAUUUUUUAGCAUUAAAUCUCUAUGAUUUGCGAUGAAAUUUUAUAGUUCUGUAAGUUUUCAUUUAUAGGGUUAAUUAACAUGCAGUUUUAGAUCUGGUCAUGGAAAAAAUAUCUAAUAUGUACAGUAUAUUGAAAGCUAUACCAGUAGUAGGCAAAGUCGAUACAUACUGCAUGAGAUAAGACUGGGAUAUGCUAAGAAACUUAUUUGACAUUUGAAUUAAAGUUUUAAAAAAUCAUUUACCUUUUUUUCAACUAUAAUUAAAGAUAAGGUCUUUCAAAUUUUAUUAUUAUUUGCCUAUAUUUUAAGAUCGAAAGAUAGCCUUGAAUAUGUUUACAUAGAAGCGACAAAAAUUACAAGUAAGAAAUAUCGAGCGCAUGCUAGUAUUGAUAAAUAUUUAUUUGA